AUGAAGAUGGGAGGCGGUGGCGCUCUCCUCCCGCCGCCCGGCUUUACGAAGGAUAUAAUGCUCCGCUCUUCCUCGUCCUCCUCCUCCCAAGCUACUUAUCUGCAACCUUAUCCCCCACAAUUCCGACUCCGUCAUACGCACGACCGGGUUCGCUCCUCUUCGUCCUCUCCCGCCUGCCCUUCUUGUCUCCCCGGCCUUCGAUUCCGCGAGAAGCUUCUCUACCUCGAGAACGACCUCGGCGUUGAUUCCUCCCGCGCCAGCGCCAGCGCCCUCGCCCUCAACCCUUCCCUCCGCUCGGCCCCCCCUUCCGCGCUACGCGCCUCGGCCGACUCUCUCCACUCCUUUGGCCUCGUACCCCCGACGUCGCCUGCGUCUUCACCAUGGACGCCUCCCUGCUCACCUGCGACCCCAGCGCCCACCCCCGUCCCCGUCUUCCGCUUCCUACUCGGCCCCGUCGCCAUUCCCUUGCCCGACCUCCGCAAGGCCGUUGGCCGCUGCCCCCGCCUUCUCGUUUCCAGCGUAUCGGACGAGCUACGCCCCGCCCUCCACUUCCUCCGCCGCCGCACCACUCUCCUCCUCGUCUCCAGCGUGGAGGACGCCCUCCUCCCCAAGCUCGACUACCUCCGCGGCCUUGGCUUCUCCCACGAGGAGACCCGUAGCAUGGUGCUCCGCUCGCCCGGGAUCUCGCCGAGCUCAAGGAUUUCCCGCAGUAGGGCAAGAUCAUGCCCCGGCAUCGCUUGCUGGCAGAGAAGCGGCUCUGGAUGCCUCUCCCUGCGAUGCUCAAGGUCAGCGAUGCGGAGUUCAUUAGUCGUCCGGUGGAGAUGCAGCUGGGUUCUACCAACGACAAGCUGUAGGACAUCAUCAUGUGAGUCACUUUAUGGUCCUUUUUAUUCUUUUGAUGAAAGAGAUGAUAUGGUGUAUGCACGGGUUAAUUACAUGUUAUCCUUACCUUUAGCAUCUCGCUCUAAAUACUUUAAAAAGUUAUAUUGACAUCUCUAUAAUUACGAAAGUAAAAUAUCUAGAUUCAUUUACC